AUGGCUACUCCCAGUGCACUCCACCGGUGGACUGCGCUCCGAGCCUUAACCUUCCUGACUAUGCUUGCAGUCCUUGUGCAGGGAAGAAAUCACCGAGGAGAUGCUACCUGUCCGUGCUUCUCGUGCGGCCCUCUCAGGAACGUGUCGUUCCCAUUCCGCCGGGCAGGUGAUCCAGCAGGAUGCGGCGACAAAUCGGGCGAGCUAGCCUGCGCCGAUGCCAAGGCCAUGCUUCGCAUCGCAGAUGCAACGUACUACGUGACCAGCAUCAACUACACUGAUUCCACCUUCCAGAUCAUCGACACCGACCUGGAUCUCCACAGCAAUUGCCCCCGUCUUCCUCGGUGGAACCGGCGACCCCAUGAAUAUCUGGACGGGACGGAAGAACACCUACUCUGGCUCUUUGACUACGACAACAUCGGAGCCAACUUGGCCCUCGUGACGUACAAUCUGGCUAGCUUCGUUGAAUGUUCCCAGGAAGUGAGGAACUACGGUAUGUACAUGCCCGUCGCUUGCAUGAGCACCAGCGAUUCUUUUGUCUAUGUGUUAACCGGUCCAGGUGCCUCUCGUGUCGAGAACCUUGAGCCUUGGUGCCGGUAUCUGGCCAUGACUCCUCUGGGUGGUCCGGAGAAUCGUCUAGAUAUCGGGGCGACCGCGCUGGAGAACGCAAGCUACACGGAUGUGGUGAAGUCCAUGAGGACCGGGUUCGCCGUUCGGUUUACACCGUUCACGAGCUUUAAGGACUGCCUACUGCGCCUCAUCCGCACAUUUCGCGAAGAACCAAUGCAAAGAGGAUCCAUAAUUUUGAACCCUGAUCUAUAUAUUAUUGAAUGUGGAAUUGAAGCAGCUCCAGCACCCUACGUCCGUGCGUGCCUGAUAAUAUUACUAUUUGUCACGAGGACUUUCAAGUGGAUUAAUGGACCAUAUAGAUUCCUGUGGGGGUACUUGGCAGUUUGGACUUUCUUUGCUUACAAGUAUUGGAAAACAAGGAUAACAAUUGAUGCAGUGGAGAAGUUUCUCCGCAUGCAACAAAUGCUCACCCCAACUAGGUAUGCCUACACAGACAUCACUGCAGUUACAGGUCAUUUCCGAGAUAAGUUGGGCCAAGGUGGUUACGGCUCCGUGUUCAAGGGUGUGCUACUUAAUGACUUCCAUGUGGCUGUCAAGAUGCUAGCGGGUAACUCUAACUGCAAUGGAGAAGAUUUCAUCAGUGAAGUUUCCACCAUUGGUAGGAUCCACCAUGUUAAUGUGGUGCGUCUUGUCGGGUUCUGCUCGGAAGAAAUGAGGAGGGCUCUCAUCUAUGAGUACAUGCCUCGAGGUUCUCUCGACAAGUACAUCUUCUCCGCCAAGAAGAGUUUCUCUUGGGACAAGCUCAUUGAUAUCGCUUUGGGCAUUGCCCGAGGAAUCAACUACCUACAUCAGGGGUGUGAGAUGCAGAUUCUCCACUUUGACAUCAAGCCCCACAACAUCCUUCUUGAUAGCAAUUUUGUCCCCAAAGUUGCUGAUUUCGGUCUGGCCAAACUAUACCCAAGGGACAACAGUUUUGUGCCAUCAAGAGCCCUACGGGGAACAAUCGGGUACAUAGCUCCUGAGAUGAUAUCUCGGAGCUUCGGUGCCAUAUCGAACAAGUCUGAUGUUUACAGCUUUGGGAUGCUGCUGCUGGAGAUGGCUGGAGGAAGAAGGAACGCCGAUCCGAACGCAGCGAACUCGAGCCAAGCAUACUACCCUUCAUGGGUGUAUGACCGGCUAAUCGAACAAGAACAUGUAGGUGAGAUAUCCACUCAUGUUGAUACUGAGAUGCAUGAGUUGGAGAAGAAGUUGUGCAUCGUCGGAUUAUGGUGCAUCCAAAUGAAAUCCCAUGACCGUCCAAUGAUGAGCGAGGUUAUAGAGAUGCUAGAAGGAAACGCCGACAGCUUGCAGAUGCCUUCCAGGCCAUUCUUCUGCGACGAAGGGCACAUCCAUACGGAGGAUACUUACAAUUUGUCGUCCGAGUUGACUGAAAUCUCCGAGGAGGAUAUGAGUGAAAAUAUUGAUGUGUGA